CACGUCUGAAACUCAGAAUUCAUGUCUCGACAAUCGGCCCGGAUACUGAAGAAAUUCAAUUUCAUAAAUUCAUACAGCAUUUCGAGUUUUAUCAACAACCCGACACAGGCAGACUUGGCCCGACAAGUUAUGUACAACAGCUUUUCUCCCAAUUGCAGAAUUAAUUCAACAGCGUGACAAAACCGUUGCCAAAUUGCAGUGCAAAAUUCUUGGACCUUAUGACCAUCCCGUUGUCAGACUUCCCUGACUCCAGGAUUAUAAAAAGACAGAAACGACGGAAAUUCUGAUGCCGAACUUAACCAACAUGUCGAAUUAUGCUGAUGGAUCUACCGUUGUCGGCGAUGACUCGCGCGACCAGCAGGACUUUUUGAAGUCCAAGCCCAAGGUCAACGAUGACCUCUUACCAAAUCCAGUUUCCCCGAAGAAACGAGUUGGACAUCCCUUUGUGAACAGCAUUGAAACUGAGCUUGAAGAAAGGCCAUUUUUCGUGCGCAUAGGCAAAGACGGUUUGAUCGCUGCGCUUCAGAAACUUGAUAGACAACUAGCUGAGUCUGGGAGGCCCAAAUUACUUUCGAAGAAGGUUCCUACCGAUUGGAUUGGGUCAGAAAUCACUCCUGGUCAACUCGGAUUGAUUAAUCACGGAGGCUCUCCCAAGAUAUUGACACGUCCUGGUCGCUAUCCCGGCUUUCCGCUGCGUAAUUGGUGGGCAAGAUCUUUUGAAGGAAAGAAAGGACUUUCCGACACCGUCAUCGAAUUUCUGGGCCUGACGGUGGUCCAAGUCUCUCAAAAUCAAGCAGCAGUCAUAUCGGAUCCUCAAAAUCACAUAUUUGUGAUAAAGAACGCUGGAUUUGUGUGUUUUGCUAUUGAGGGAACUUACGACGUUCUCUCGAUUGUCGAUCAAACCCAUCUUUCGCAGAGUGUAAAGGAUAAGAUCACCAAGUCUACACUUGGAUGGACCCACGAGGUUACAAUGAAGAGUAAAACCAAUGCUCAAGAAGUCAAAGAAUACGUUGUAGCAACAUUCCUCAAUAUUCCUGCUAAUAAUUGUGCUAUCCUGCAAAGGGGAGACGAUCUGGAGCUUUUAGGAGCUGGUCAAUCUGUGAUUACGAACCCGAGUGUUACUCUCCGUGGUCUUUACACCCUCGGUGAAAAUCAAAUCGAGAUGCCAACGAAGGAUAUAUUUACCCGCGAUCAAGUCCCAGUCAGCUUGACCAUUUAUCUAAAAUGGCAACUCACUGAGCCGCUGAAACUGACAACACACGGAUACAAUACGCCUUACGACGCACUGAGGGACAAAACACAAUCUAUCCUUACUCAAAUAGUAGCUCACCUCGACUACUCUGCCAUGGUCAAGCAACGUUCAAUCGGUCCUGAUAACAUGGAAGAUGGGACGGAUCCAUCUUCGGCUUUUUUGGAUGCGCUCAGAACUCGUGCUAUGGAUGAGAUGCAUGAAGCUGCCCUUGAUUAUGGUAUUGUCCUCAAGGAUCUCGCUGUCAUCGACCGCCAGUUCAAAGGUGAAAUCGCCUCGACAAUGGAUAAGCUUACAACGCGAGCACUCCAAGCUCAGGUAGAAGCUGCUAACGUUGACCGAGAAAAUAGUAACAAAGUGAAACAAGAAGAAGGUGCACUAUCGGUGGCACGAAUCAAGGCGCAGGCACGCAACACACAGGCCGAUUCGGAGGCGUACAGCGUUGUCGCGGCGGCAAAGGCUCAAGCUCAGCGUACAAGGAUUGAAGCAGAAGCUCAAGCAGAAGCUACUAGACUGGCUGCUCAAGCAGACGCGGAAGCAAUUCGAAUCAAGGCUGCUGCAGACGCCCAGGUCAGCGAUCAGUUUGCCCGUGAGAUGGAGUUGCGUCGGAUGGAAGUCACCAAAGUGCGGGCUUAUGGUGCAAAGACAGUCUUUGUACCAUCAGACGGCCCGGGUGCGCAGAUGGGGUCAGCGAUGGCAAUGGGAAUGGCUGCUGGAAUGGGAGCAGAUCGAAGAUCAUAGUAGCCUACCAUUUUUGUCACAGUAAUCUAUUUAUUUUGAAUUUUGUAUGUAAUUUGGACUGUUUUCCAGUAUGGUUGUAGUGUAGUAGCAAGCAAGCAUAUCUUACUGUAUUCGGUAGCCAACAAGCUGAAUAGUCGAUAUUUGGCGAAUUACGGGCCAGAGCCAGACAGCGCGUUAUGAGUUUCAAUGAGUC